UGUUCAUCAUAGCGUCGUGUAUGUUGGUGGCUGUUCAGGGACUGAGUAUUCGUGGGUCCGUCAGUCCCAUACUCACCGGUGCCGACGAUAUUACGGAUACAGUCGGGGAUUUCGGAAACGAAGACCUGGGGGAUGCCUCGGGAACCUUCGUAGAUGUUGAUGACCAGGGUAAAGAUGCACUCACAGAUGGCUUUAACGAGGGUGCUCAAGGUAUCAAGGUCAAGGUCAAGGUCAAGGUCUGGGUCCCCUAGAAAGUGAGAUUGACGAGGAGACUGGACUACCCCUGACUGAAGUCUAUGAAGAGGUGCAAGAUGAGUUAGGAAAUGUUAUUGACACAGUUGAGGACAUACCUUGCCCAGUUCCCGACGCUACCAAUGCUGUACAAGGUGUUGUAGACGAUGGUACCGGUGUCGUUGAUGGUGUUAUUGGUACGGCUAAUGAUGCACUGACUGAAUAAGAAUUUUGAUCAUGAUAAUAAAAUUGUAUUUGAUUUAUA